UCUGGGAAAUGGUCGCAGCAACCUAUGCCAUUCAAUGGCAACACCCCACCAACUCCACCCUAUUCCUUGGCCUCUCCUGUAUCCACGCCUGACCUCACACGAGAGAGAGAGAGAGAGAGAGAGAUCAUGAAGACCAACAAAGGAGGUCAAGGGAGAAGAAGAAGAGAGGGAAGGAUAACCUUAGCAGCUCCCCUAUCUGCUGUGCCUCUCAGGAAGAGAGGUAGUCAAGAGAGAGGCACCAGCAAGGAGAGGAGAGAAGACAGCCUGGGCUGUUGAUCGUACGCCUUGGUGGUAGAGAGCAAUGUCGCAGAGGGAGCAGCAGCCGGCGGAUGGACCGGCGUCGUCGCCGCUGGUCGCGGUCGCCAUCGACAGGGACAAGAACAGCCAGGGCGCGUUCAGGUGGGCUCUGGACAACGUCGUUACCAGAGGCCAAACCCUCACCCUCGUCCAUGUCAACACCAAGCCCUCAACGGGGUCCGAAGACGCCGCCAACAUCAUCAAGGAAUUGUUUGUUCCCUUCCGAUGUUUCUGCACACGCAAGAAUGUGCAGUGCAACGAUGUCAUACUCGAAGACACCGACGUUGCCAAGGCUAUCGUAGAGUUUGUGUUGAGAUCUGCAGUCGGGAAGCUUGUGAUUGGCGCAUCACCGAAAGGAGGAUUCGUCAGAUCGUUCAGAAGCACAGACACCAGCAGCAGUAUCUCCAAGGGCGUGCCUGAUUUCUGCACUGUCUUCAUCAUCUCCAAGGGGAAGGUGUCUUCCAUGAGGAACGCUGCCCGGCCACCGCCGACCGGUGCUCUUAUCCGGGCGCAGAUCCAAAGCCAACCAACUGCUCGACCCGAUCCACUGGACUACAACAACAGGAAUAAUGUCAUGAGAGUGCCAAAUGAGGCCGCAUUUGCUGCACGGACUCUGUACAAAGACAACGAAUCGAUCAAGUCGCCCUUUACCAGGGGAACGCGUGCCACGAAAUCGUAUGGGGAGAUGAUGAUGGACAGCGAUAUCUCAUUUGUGAGCAAUGGCAGGCCAAGCUUCGACCGCGGCUACCCACCGAGACUGUCGAACAUGUCCGACGCCUUGGAUCGUAGUUUCGAGUCACCUCGCAAUUCUGUGGGUGGGUACUCGUCCUCGAACGGCCUCUCUUCCCUGUCCUAUGAGAGCUCAUCAUCUCCCGCUAUGGACGAAGUGGAAGCAGAGAUCAGGAGGCUAAGGUUAGAACUGAAGCAGACCAUGGACAUGUACAGCACAGCCUGCAAAGAAGCACUUACGGCAAAACAAAAGGCAAUGGAGCUGCAGCGCUGGAAGACGGAGGAAGGGAAGAGACUGGAGGAAGCUCGGCUGUCGGAAGAAGCCGCUCUGGCCUUGGCGGAGAGGGAGAAAGCGAAGCGAAUGGCCGCCAUCGAGACGGCUGAAGCGUCGAAAAGGAUUGCAGAGUUGGAAGCGCAGAAGCGGAUCAGUGCAGAGUUGCAGGCAGUGAAAGAGGCCGAGGAGAAGAUAAAGGCUUUCGAUGCGAUGUCGCACACAAAUCUCAGGUACCGGAGGUACACCAUCGAGGAGAUCGAAGUAGCCACCGAGAACUUCGCGGAGAACAGGAAGAUUGGAGAGGGUGGGUAUGGUCCUGUCUACAGAGGCACUCUGGAUCACACGCCUGUCGCCAUUAAGGUACUGCGUCCCGAUGCCGCUCAAGGAAGGUCACAGUUUCAGCAAGAGGUCGAGAUACUGUGCUGCAUUCGGCAUCCAAACAUGGUGCUGUUGUUGGGUGCUUGCCCGGAGUAUGGCUGCCUCGUGUACGAGUACAUGGCAAACGGGAGCUUGGAAGACCGUUUGUUCAGGCGGGGGAACACGCCGCCGAUUCCCUGGCAGCACAGGUUUCGGAUCGCCGCAGAGAUCGGCACCGGCCUCCUCUUUCUGCACCAGACGAAGCCGGAGCCGCUCGUCCACCGGGACCUCAAGCCCGCGAACAUCCUCCUCGACAGGAACUACGUGAGCAAGAUCAGCGACGUCGGCCUCGCCCGCCUGGUGCCGCCGUCGGUGGCGGACAACGUCACCCAGUACCGCAUGACGGCCACUGCCGGCACGUUCUGCUACAUCGACCCGGAGUACCAGCAGACGGGCAUGCUCGGCAUCAAGUCCGACGUCUACUCUAUGGGGAUCCUGCUGCUGCAGCUGGUGACCGGGAAGCCGCCCAUGGGGCUGACGCACUACGUGGAGCGUGCGAUCGAGAAGGGGACGUUCGAGGAGAUGUUAGAUGGCUCGGUGCCGGACUGGCCCGUCGAGGAUGCUCUAAGCUUGGCGAAGCUAGCGGUCAAGUGCGCGGAGCUCAGGCGGAAGGAUCGCCCGGAUCUUGCGACGGGCAUAUUGCCGGAGCUCAACAGGCUGAGAAAUCUCGCGGAGGAGAACAUGCAGUACUCUGUGCUGCUGGGGUACAGCCCUCUCACCUCACCCAUGCAAAGCCAAGUCUCCACACAAGACUUCAUGAGUGCACCUUCAGCUCUGCAAUCCGGAUAUGAAAGCUCAAGAAGUCGGUAUAGUGGAUCAUCUGUGCCUGGAAGAACAUGAUUGGUGAGCAAUAUAUGGUAUAAAUUGAGGGUAAAAUCCUGGUUUUUUGUGUUAGUGGAAACAGAACAAAACUAUACAUGAGGAGGCAUUUCAACUCUCACUGCUUUCAUCUCUCCUUCUUGGAACCAGGCAAGGGAAUGAAUCACCUGUUACUGCAGUCGGAUGUAGAAACAGCUAGUUGAUGAUGAAGUACUGCUUCUGCCUCAUCUCUUGGUCAAGGAAGAUUUGUUUGUACUACUACUACACAUUGUAUGUAUCAUUCCCUCUCCUUCUACUUCCUUUUUUCUUUUUUUUUUUAUCUCUUCCUUUUCCCCCCCUUUUUUUGGAAUCUUAUCUACAAUUUCAACUUGCAAAGUACAAAAACAAUUACAAAGUAUAUUUUUUUUCCCGCAUCUAUACAAUCUCCAGAUAGCAAUAGUUUGUCAUAUGUUUGACAUCUUUAUGUCAACUAUGAUGAAACCCACUUUGAUAUGCAAAAUACAGGUUUCAGAAAACAAAAGCAACUUAGGAACUUUGCAUACAGCAGUGACAUGAGCAAGUUUGAUCAGCCCAGUGAUGAGGAAAGCCAUUUCUUACAUGAUAAUGUACCUGAGUCAUUGCAUCUGCAUACCUACCUUUCUCAUCCCAUGGAUCAUAAGUUCAUGUAUAUUUCAUUCUUCCUUCUAAAUUAUGUAAG